AUGAAUGUGAUGGAGAGGAAAUUAGAAAUAGAGAGAAUGGGAGAAACUUCAUUAUUUGAUGAUAAAAUGAAGGAUGCUCAAAAAGCUGCCAUGAGAAAUCAGUGGCAAGAGUUCAAGAAAAUAAUGAAGGAAGAUAAGAAAAAUCUACUUGAGUGGUUUGACCUAUUUGGGAACACUGCCCUCCAUGUUGCAACUCGUUCUAACAAUCCACAACUCCUCAAAGAGUUACUAGAAAUGGUACCAAAAGAAGAAAGGUGGCAAGCUUUGUGCAAGGGGAAUCGUGAAGGAAACACUAUUCUACAUGAUAUUGUAUUUUGCAAAAAAGUGAAAAUGGCAGAUGUUGUUUUUGAAUUUGAAAAGGAUCUACAACCAUGGCCAAAGGAAGAAGUUUCUGAACAAAAUAAGGGGUCACUAAUUGAGUUUACAAACCACAAAGGUGAAACCCCUUUGUUUAGGGCUGCAAAGUAUGGGAAGCUAAAGAUGCUCAAGCAUAUGGCCAAGUAUAUAGCCAUACAUGAUUUAGGAGACAUUCGAAAUCAUUUUCAUAGAGCUGACAAUUAUUCUGCUCUUCACGCUAGUGUGAUUGCCCAAUAUUUUGAUGUUGCACUUUGGCUAGUAAGAAUAGACAAAGAACUUGCUACGGAAAAGAAUCAGAAGGGAUUUACAUGUCUUCAGCUACUUUCCAAAAUGCCACAAGUUUUCCGUAGUCACACUCCCAUGGGAUUAGUAAAGAGUCUCAUAUACCAUUUGCUUCCUGACGAAGGAUAUGAAAUUGAAGAUGACGAAAGCCUUCAUUUAUUUAAACAUAAGAGAGAUUUAGAGAAUGGGAAAAUAGACGAAAGAAGAAUUCCCAAAUCAGCUAUUUCAAAGAUCAACUAUGGAUUUUGGAAACGCUUUGCAAAAGAGUUUGAUGGGAUUGAUCAAAUGUGGAAGCAAAAGAAAAAGCACAUGUUAGCAGAAUGUUUGGCAGAUAUUUUAGUGCAAAUGGACUUAUCAUGGCAGAUAUCCUAUAAUGAUUAUAAAAAGACAUUGAUAGUAAUGCCACCUCUUCCCUUUAAUGUGGCCAAAAGGAGAAAGCAAAUUGAAUGUAAGAGGCAAGAGAGUCAAGUGAAUUUUGAAGAGUCUCUUACUUACAGUUACACACCACUACUCUUAGCAGCUAGUUUUGGAAUUGUAGAAAUUGUUGAGAAAAUCCUUCAUAUGACUCCUGGGGCUAUUUGUCAUGUUACAAAGGAUGGGCAAAACGUACUACACAUGGCCAUCAAACACCGCCAAAAGGAAAUCUUUAGAAUCUUGAAAAGAAAAAAAGCACUUAAAGCAUUGGUUGCUAGAAUCACUGAGGAAGGCCGUACAAUCUUGCAUCAAGUUGCAAGGAUGGAUUAUUACAAAGGAAGCCACUUAGCUGGAGUGGCAUUUCAAUUACAAGAUGAGUUGCGUUGGUAUGAUAAAGUAAGAAGAAUAGUUCCUCAUCACUACUACAUGCAUUGUGACAAAGAUGGACAAACAGCAGGAGAUGUUUUGGAGCUUGAACAUGAUGAAAUGCUUAAAAAUGCACAAAAAUGGUUAAAGGAAACAGCUCAAUCAUGUUCCACUGUUGCUGUUCUUGUUGCCACUGUUGUGUUCGCUGCAGCCUACACCAUUCCUGGUGGAACUGAAGGAGGUACUCCUGUGUUCCUUCGUUCACCCGUUUUUCUCUUUUUCACUGUCAUGGAUGUUGUGGCUCUUGCUACCUCACUAGCUUCAGUGGUCAUGUUCCUUUCAAUCCUCACAUCUCCAUGUGAAUUGUGGGAUUUUCACAAGUCUCUUCCAAGAAAAUUGAACUUGGGUUUUGCUAUGUUGUUCUUCUCAUUGAUGACAACAAUGCUAGCAUUUAGUGCAACCAUGUUGCUAACGAUUAGAUUGGAAUGGAAGAAAUGGAGCUCAACUUUGAUAUAUAGUGCUGCUUUUUUUCCUGUCACUGUGUUUGCAAUAAUUCAAUUUCCUGUUUAUGUGAUGGCUGAAAACUCGGUCAAGCUGCUUGGGAAGCAAGUUAAGAAGGUUUGGGUUGUCUUGAUUAAGUGUGUUAUGUAUGGAUGA